UGUGAACACAUCAUGUUUAAAUCGUUUAACAAAAAAAGGAACUGUUAGAAAAAGAAAGAGCUAUGAUUUAAGUGUGACUGAAAGAAAACGAUUAAAGGUAGAAAAAAAGAAACAAGUGUAUAAUCUAAAACUUCCUUGCAAAUUAGAAUGCCAAAAAAAGUGUAUACAAAAAAUUGACCACCCUAGACGACAGGACAUUAAUAGACUAUUUUGGGAAAUGAAUAAAAAUGAGCGAAAAAAUUUUAUUUUAAACACUACGGCUCAAACUGGCAUAAAAAGAAAAACUACAGAUGCUGCAACUGUUUCAAGACGUUCCAAAGGCUUUAUUUACUACUUAAAAGACGAGCAGGGUGCAAUACAUACUGUCUGCAAAACAUUUUUUCUAGCCACACUUGGUUAUGAACCUAAAAACGAUCGUUUUAUUCGUGAUGUACUCAACACUCCGACAUCAAGUCUUGUAGCAAAACCCGACUUAAGGGGCAAACAUAGUAAAACAACUAAAAUUGAUAGGCACAUUAUCAUAAAACAUAUUGAAUCGUUUAAUCCUAGAAUAGCACAUUACCGUCGAGAACAUGCACCUAACAGGAAAUAUCUACCUAGCGACAUAAACAUUACUAUGAUGUAUAAAGAUUUCCUAGCAAAGCACCCAGCCAUUGACAUAUCAUAUUGUUUAUAUAGAAAUGUUAUCAGCAGCAUGAACAUUUCGUUUGUCAAGUUAGGCCAUGAAGAGUGCUGGACAUGCGAAUUAUAUGAUGUGCACAAAACCAAGACGGGGCACACCAAGGAGGAGCCACAAGAAAAUUGCGACGAAUGCAAGAAAUUUACAUUGCACCAGAAAAAAUACAGAGAGGCACGGAGAAUAUAUCAAGAGGAUGAGAAGAAGACCAAUGACAGUCAUUUAAUAGUUUCCGCUGAUCUUCAAAAGGUCAUAAUGCUUCCACGCUUAGAGAUGUUUAAGGAGGUCAUUUUUACGCCACGGAUUGUAGCUUUCAACGAAAGCUUUGUUCCCAUAGGAAAGAAACAACAGCUAGGGCCUACAGCUGUAAUUUGGCAUGAGGCUAUUUCUGGAAGAUCUGCUAAAGACAUAAUUAGUACAUUUUAUGCAUUUUUAUUAUCAGUUAGAGAUGUAAAACACAUUACUUUGUGGUUAGACAAUUGCAGCAGCCAAAACAAAAAUUGGUCCCUAUUUUGCUUUUUUGUAUUUAUGGUUAAUUUGUCAGAAGUAGAAUUACAAACCCUACAAGUAAAAUAUUUCGAAGCGGGCCACACCUUUAUGGCUGCUGACUCUUUCCACCAUCAAGUAGAAAAGUCCCUCAAACAUAUGGGUAAGGUAUACGAUUUUAAGGAUUUUUCCGAGGCAGUUCGCAAAGCUUCCCACAAAGUAAAAGUAAUAGAAAUGGAAAUAGAAAAUUUUUAUGACUGGGAAGACGCAACAUCUCAAUAUAAGUUAGGUAAAAUUAAACCGCGGCCUUACGUGCAUGAUAUGGUGCAGGUAAAUUUUGAAAGGGGCAAAAAAACUCUCAUAUACAAAACGGAAUUUGAAUCUCCUGGAAUAGAAAUAAAUUUCAUUAAUGCACGAUGCAUGAAAGUGGAAAUUUCAAAGCCAAAACCUAAAUGUAACCCAAAAGGAAUAACAAAAGAUCGAAAAUGCCUUAUUGUUUCAAAAUUAGUGCCUAUCAUGCCUGAAAGCCGUCGGAACUUUUGGGAAAAUCUUCCAACUGCCACGGACGAACAAAGUCAUGACAGUGACGAAAAUUAAAUUUUUCGAUUAACUAGGCAGUAGGCACACUUACAUGUAUGUUAUCUGUGUAGGUAUGCAAUGUUAUAAUUAAAGAGUAUGUAGAUACGACAUUUGGUGUUGUUCUUUUAAACCUUUAUCAUCCAAAUUCUACUUAUAAAAGUCGUAUCUAGCAAAAGUCACUUUUGGUAGUAACUUCACACAUUACCCAUAGAUAACUAACAUUUGGAGAUAUAU